AAGGAAGGCUUUUUUCAGUCUGAAGUUUACAGAUGUUACACAGAGAGGGAGAGAAAGACAAGCAGAAAUAAUAAAAGUAACAUUUCAAAAACUGCUUUAUUCAUAACAUUAUCUGACAUAAAAAAAAUAACAACGGGCUAUAACGUUUGAUUUCCUAAAGGCUAAAAGCAGAAAAAAAGAAGCAUGUCCGCUGGACUAGAAAUGCUUGGACUUACCCUAUCUAUCAUAGGAUGGCUUGGAGCUAUUGUCUGCUGUGUAGUGCCCAUGUGGAGGGUAACUGCCUUUGUUGGUAAUAAUAUUGUGGUAGCCCAGGUUAUCUGGGAGGGCCUGUGGAUGAAUUGUGUGGUGCAGAGCACAGGACAGAUGCAGUGUAAGAUUUAUGACUCCAUGUUGGCACUUCCUCAGGACCUGCAGGCUGCUCGAGCUCUAACCAUCAUUGGCAUCAUUCUUGCUAUCCUGGCCAUCUUUAUUGCCAUUGUUGGGGCUAAAUGUACCAACUGUGUGGAAGACAAGACUGCUAAAGCAAAGAUUACCAUCAUGGCCGGUGUCUUAAUCCUCUUGUCAGGUGUUAUGGAACUAAUUCCUGUCUGCUGGUCAGCCAACACAAUUGUCCAAGACUUCUACAACCCACUGGUUAUUGAGGCACAAAAAAGAGAGCUCGGGCCAUCACUGUACAUGGGUUGGGCAGGGGCUGCCAUUUUGAUUCUUGGAGGGGCUCUCCUCUGUUGCUCAUGCCCCCCCAAGAAUGAGAAAUAUACUUCAUCACGCAUGGGUUACAUAGCUACUCGGCCCACAGCACCAAGCAGCUACAGCAGGAAAGACUAUGUUUAGUCAUACUUUGUCCAAACACUGGAAUCCGAAUCAGAUGAUGUGCUCACCUAUCUAAAGUACAUCCAGCAGUCUGCAAAGUUCUGUCACAUUUCUAUUACAGUGGAGGGCAAAUGAAAGCAGCGAGCAAGAGAUAAACCUACUUCCCAAGGAAUGUUACGUUUAAUAAUCAGUAUUUGAAUCUGCUUAAGGACCUACAUAAAUUACUUUUUUAUAAUCACAUACAGCUCUGCGAAGGAUAAUUACAAUCACUUCAGGAUAUUAAACUGGUUUCAUUUAGGAACAUCAUGGAGGUUGGGUGGGAGAUAAUGAUUCCUUUGAGAGGGAUGGUGUGUCUUUGUUUCUUUCAAGUGUUAGGUUCUGAACUGACUGGAUGCCUGCUAUUUAUAUAGUAACUCCCAGUAAGAUAUGUGACUUAACAUUAUGGAAGUAAAAAGAAGGGUGAGUGAAAUAAUCAUUUGUGAAAUUAUUUUUGUUUCAUUUUACUGCCUUAUGUUUUCUGGAUCCUGUUGCCUCACAUAGUUUAUCAUUUUACUUCUCCAAAAGUGAUGCCUACAAAGAGAAAUAAUUGUGACAUAAACACAUGAAUUCCUUCCUGGCCUUUAAAGCAUAGUCUGUAUGUAUCCUAAGGUGAAACCGUGUGUCCUGCAUUUAGCUGUCAUCAUUAUAGAAAAAGAAAACUGAAAUGUGAGCUCAUACCUAAUAUUUCUUUUUUUUUUUUUUGUAAUGACAGUUAUAUUUUAUGUUUUGAUUGAAUUUUAACUACACAGCAGUGUUAGACCUCACUCUAUACAUUAAUUAAUAUGAAGUCCGGUUCUCUGCUAUGCUAGGUUUAUUUUCUCCAUGUGCUGUAUUUGGUAUACUUCUAAAUCUGAAAGAUGUAUUUUGUAAAAGUGAAAGGAUAAGCUUCACUCUGUGUCAGUAUAGUUAAUACAAAAUUUAGAUGUUUCAGCUAAUUGCAGAGUUAGAGUCCUUUUAGUAAAACGUUGAUGUUUGUGCUUAAACAUUUUAAAACUAAAAUUAGCCUAAUCCAGUCUUUGAACUGGUCAUUUUUUAAAUCUAACUUCAUAGAACAUUUAAAUUACACUGAUGCAGGCAGUCAUUUGGGAAGAGAAGACUAAGGGGCAUUUUAUUACAUCAGGCAGGAUAUAGCUAUGUGUCACCUUGGUAAUGUAGGUCAAUCCUUUCUUUUAUUAUUUAUAUCUGGUAUAGGCUCUUGUACAUAUGCUGUAGUAAAGAGAACAAUUCAUUGCUCUGUAUACCAUAUGAAUUUAAGCUUUACGAGAUUCAUAUUUAUGGUAAAUAAUUUCUGCUGGCAGCUCAAACUGCAUUCAUUAAACAGCAAAAACUAGCAAUAAUUCUAAAAAAAGAUACAAGUGACCUAUCUAGCCUGAAGAUAAAAUACCAUGAUGUACCAAAAAUGUUGGUCUAUACAAAGUACUGCUUCAUAUUCCUGCUGCUUUAUUGAUUAUGACAAUUAGUAACUACUAGACCCCUCAUCUCAGUUUCACUUAUUUGUUUGAAAUGAGUUUGCUGUAUGUCAUAUCAGCUAGCAAUGCAUUUUAUGGCCAUACUGCCCUUUCUAAAUAGUAAUGCUUCCUUCAAGUACACAGAAUAAGCAUGUAAUGCUUCCUUCAAGCCUAACUGCAACAAAUGCCAGAAUCUGUCUCAGUGCCUAAGCUUUAUAUUUCUAUGCGACAAUGAUUCUCCUAUGUUAUGUCAGAAGAGAAAAAUCUAUUGGAUAAAUGUGGAUUUACACCAAAGUACUGGAUGGAAUAAAUAAGGCACUGCAUAUGCUAUUUUUGAAUAGACAUUGAUUAUCCGUAUCAAGUUCCUGCAAAACCUGUUUAGACCUGCACAAAUGUCUUUUACUUGCCAGAUUGUAUGACCUCCCAUUUGAAACUGUCAGAGUGAUAUACCCUCCCAUUCUUUCUGUGUGGCACAUAGUUUGUUUCUGAGUGCACUUCAGAGUUCUAACAUCCACAUGUGCACCACUCCAUACUCCCUUCAGGAUUCUAUAUAUUUUGACAGUUUUCCCACCUUAGAAAUUGUAUUUCUGUAGAAGUGCUGAAGACCAAAGACAACAUUGAUUACAUCACUUUGUCUUCUGUCGAUACAACUAAAACAAAACUACAUCUAAGCAAUAUUAAUUUAUGAAUGCGUUUCACUUUUGUGGUUACUCUUAGCAACUAAACUGUCUGCUAAUAAAUUGCCAUUCAAAUGAAAUAGUAAAAUGAAAUAGUAACACGUGUACUUAAUUGCUUUUUCUGUUUGACUGAUAAGCUGUAAUGCAUUUUUGGCAUAUACUCAAAGGAUAUAAAGGGCUGGUUGUUGUUUUCUUCAGUAGCACUAUAGGUGGCUGGAUUCUGUUCUUAUACAUGUAGAUAAAGUAGACUGUGUUAGUAUUUCUAAUUGUCUGGAUGAAAAUAAAGAUCUGCAAAUAA